AUGCAGGUUGUCAUUCCGGAUCUAGACGACAAGCAGCUCUUUGCUCCGCCUCGGCGCAUACAGUCUCCUGCUGCUUCCAACAGCGGCUCUUGCAACCAGCAAAGCGCACGACCUUCUUUCGAUGACAAUCCGCACUCCUCCAGUCGACAACUCCAAAACAUUACCGCCUCCUUCCCCGGUUCAUCACAAUGGAGCGAGUCGCAACAGCCAUCCGCGCAGUCGCCAGUAUACUCUAACGCCCCCGCAGGCCCCUUUCGUGGCGCUGCGUUAGGAUGGCACGGCAGAUCCGGAAGUGCUACCAGUGACUCUUCCGCAGGUGGCUUUGGUGGCCUCGGCUUCCGCAUGCCCCUCAACUCGAAAUCGCAAGUGGAGGAGUCGCCCAACAAUACAUCUGCUCCGAAUCCUCCCUUUAGCAGUCCUUCCACCACCAAUGCUACCUCAUCUGGCUUCAGCUUCCCCAUGAAGCGCCCUUCCUUCUCGUCUCUCCGCUCUCAGAUGCGAGCGCAGCAAGUCGAGUCCGAAGCCCUCGCGCAACAGCAUUACCCUACCACUCCACGAGAACCACCACACCUCGACAUUCCAGCUCCGGAUUCUGACGCCGCUGACCUCACGGCUGGCUAUCGCUCCGGACUCUCGACUCCUCGUCCUCCGCUCGCUCCCUCCAACUUUCAAUUCCAGCAGCAGAAUCUGCCUUCACCUGGCUUCUAUUCGCCACCGGAUCGAUCCGUGCUGCUGGGCUCAGCACGCGACAGAAGCGAUAGCUAUAUCUUGUCUCCUUCCAGACCAACAGGUCACGCCGCCUCUGCCUCUCGUUCCUCACGCUACCAUCAUGCUCCGACCGCCUCUUAUCACUCCGACUCGCACCACUCCAUCGGUGGCAUGAGCAGCUCUGCCAGUUCUGCCGCCUAUCCUUACGCUGGCUCAAUAUCCGACCUGCCACCCGUGCCUCCGCUUCCUAAUUCGAGUGACAGCGUCUAUGCUGACAUGCCUGUCACUCCUGGCGGUCACACCAACAAUGCUGCCUUCCAACUGCCACGCGCCAUGACAAGCACUACCUCUUUCGACAAUUCCGACCUCGGCGGAAGUCCUCACAAGCCUAGCGCACGCAAGCUCCGAGACGACCAUGCUCCCCUCAGACAGCCUCGUGCCUUCGAUGAGGCCGAGGACACCUCUAGCGGCGACCAUGCUCAGUGGAGUACUUCUCAACGAUCUCGUCAUAAGCAGACGGGCCCUUCCAAAGAUUCAGCUCGACCAAACGCAUUAGCCAUUAGCAUGGGUGCCGAAGGCUUGGGUCAAUUACCCUCGGGCAUUGGCACUCCCGACCCGCAAGCUCCCGUCGAGUAUGCCCUCAACAUCCUAAUGAGCCGCUUCAUCACACUUGCCACGGCCAAGGUGAGGCGCGCGCUAGAUUCUACGCAGGAUCAUGACCCUAAGCUGCUUUGCGCCCUCAGCACCGAAGAAGAUACUCUCUUCGACUCGGUCUGCGAUUCACUUGCCCAUAUAUCUCGCAAGAGUGCCGCUUCCGUCAUCAGGAGUCUAUUUCGCUGGAAAGCCAUCACAGUCGAAGCAGAGGUCGAUGCCGAUCUCGUCCGCCGCCAUCUCACGUCAGCGCCAACAGUGGCUGCCUCUACCGUUGGAACGCGCGAUAUUGCCAUCUACAUCGCGCGACGCAGAGAGCUCUUCACGAUUUUUCUCGUCACCAAAGCCCUUCUCGUCAUUGCAAAAGUCUUGGCGAGGGACUCGCUCGGCGAGGCGCAGGCCGCUCAAUUUGAAGAGCAGACCUUCACCAUGCUUCUUGCCUGCACCCGCGAGAAGGACAAAGACCGCACACUUCCACGCUCCAUCAAUGACAUCCGCGAUGCAUGCUUUGAAAGCGUCUCGCAGCUCAUCGGUGAGAUUUCACGCACACGUUUCGUUACUAUCAGCGAUCGCUUUGUCGAGAUUCUAGAGCAGUCCACUAAGGCACCAGCGAGUAAGAACGUCGAGGAUCUGCUCGUAGCAGCCAUACAAAGCCUGCGGCAUCUCAAGAUCACGAUCUACCCCAUGGAGCUGUUUGAGGAAGGUGCCGACUUCGUUGAAGUUCUUGCUCGCCAUUAUGCGCAUUGUCACGGCUUUCGUAUCAAGGUUAGCUUCGCUGAAGCAUUCGCUCACCUCAUGCUCCCCGUAGCGCAGACCGCAUCGGCAGAAGUCAACCAUCCGACAUGGACUAAGGCAAUCGACACCAUCUGGCCCAGAAUGACCGCCAUGACUGCCAAGCCACGCUAUUGGAGCGUCGCCUAUCCGCUGCACGUCACGCUGUUGGCCGUCUCGCCUGAGGAAAAGCUCACUUCUGGCUGGUAUGCCUGCGUCGAAGCCGGUGUAGCCAAACUUAAGGACAGGCUUCAUCGAUCCGUCGUCCUCAAUGCAGCCGUGCGACUGCUCUGGGCCUAUGCUUUUCGAUGUCACGAGAGCCAUACCAACACACAUAAGAAACUCGAGGCCUUUUUCCGUAUAUGGUUUCCGUCGAAUCGACGGACUCUGAAUCCUACCGAUUCCUCGCCUGAUCCUUUCAUCAUGAUGGUACAUUAUGCGCUCUAUCGUCACUUUGACUUCGGUCGCGAGCUCUUGCUCAACUUCCUUUGCCAUUCGGCGCUUGGUGGAAGCACACUCUCGCUUCAACCAGAAAUUCUGACGGGCCAGCGCAUGACCAUUGCCAUCAGGGCCAUCCUACUCACACUCAACGCACACGUGAGAGGCGAGUCUCCACCCUUCCCAUGCGGCGCAGACUUCAGUCGCUUUAACUUCGAGACGCUACCAGAGAGCUGCGGUGAUGAGCUGCCGGAGGGCUUCAAAUAUCCCAAGGCAGAGAUCGGCGAGGCGCAGAAUCAAUUCAACGACCUCAUCUGCAAGAUCGCCCUGCUUUGUGACCACCAGAUAAGCGACAUGACUAUCUUUGAUGCACGCAUCCAGAUGUUCGCCCGAACAUCAGCCAAUGCGGCAGCCUCGACUGCCGAGCGCGCUGUUCUCGAGCGCGAUGGAUACACUUGGCGCCUUCACCGUUCCGCCAUGCUCAUGGUAGCAUACCCGCGCGAGAACCAAUCCUUCAACGACCUUCUCCGUGCUUGUUUCGAGUCAUGGCCACGGUGUCUCAGCCCGAACAUCUCCUUCUCUAGCGUUCUUGGCGUUCUCUUCCGCGCUCAUUUCAGCGCUGAUCCAGAUCUCAGCAGAGCCUCAGCACGUGCCUUGCGUCGAAUCGCCAGCCAAAGGCCUGGAGGCUCCUCAGCCGUCGUUUCAGGCUUCAUGCGGUGGGUCUUCCGCAUGGACACGGCCUUCUGGGAGAUUCACCCCAAGCAGGUGCUUCUCAUGCCCAAGAUCGAAGAGGCUAUCCGUCUUUGGAUCGACUUCUUACAGAUCUGGCUUGCAGAGCUUCGUGUUCAGAACAGCCAGGCGGAUCAGGGCCAGACAGCGCCGCUCAAAGGAUUCGAGAUGGAACGCACCAGCGCCUGGGCCCUCAUGGACGAGGUCGAGGCAUAUGCUUUGUUCCUGCUGUGCUCUGCAUCCCGACCCUUACGCUCGCUCGCGAUUGAGGCUUUGCGCCUGAUCGCAGUGUUGGACGACGCCUUCCUAUCACCCAGCCGUCGAGCUGCGGCAGAGCUGGCCCGCGCUCAAGGCGAAGAAGACGAGCCAACUCGUAUCGUCCACCUCCUCGACAUGCCUUGCCAGGAUUUCCUCGAUGCUAACGAUCCGCACCUUAGCUGGCAUCAGAUCAAUCAUCUGGCUCGCUGGAAGUCGCCCGACCGUUCCACAUCCCUGAAGACCAUCGCAGAGAGUGAAAGGGAGGUCGAGCAGUCCCUGUGGUUCCAUGCACUGCCCCUGUUUCUGCGCAUGAGCUUGGAGCGCUUCCCGACAACAGUGGCUGUCUUCCGAUCCUACAUCACCAACCGUGUUCUGGAGAUGGAUCACGUCGCUGUGUAUGCAGCUGACAUCUCGAAUCGUGCGCCAGCUCACACGAUGUCGAGUGCCACAUUUAGCAAAUCGCAAGCAGCUUCAGCUGCAAGUCAAUCGCUGCACACCUCAACCUCGAUGGCCUCACUACGUGACGCCGCAGCUGCUGGCACAGCUGGCCCCGCGGAGCAUCUCCUGAUGGCACAGCACUGGCGUUUCUAUGUACUUGCCCUCUGCACGACCACCACCUCGACCGAGGGCUCGCGAGGAGGUGUGGUAGGCAACCAUCACCGCAAGUUGAGUGAGCCAGAGACCGGCGAUCGUAUGAUUUCAGCACGAGACCUCUUUCAGAAGCUCGUGCCGUUCCUGGCCUCUGACAGCGAAAGUUUCCAGGAUGCAGUCGUCUUUGCGCUCGGCAACAUCAACGAAAAUCACUACCUCGCAUUGCUGGAAACCAUGCAAGCGUUGAGCGGAACUCUCACUGACGACUUUAAAGUACGAUCCGUGGCUCGCACUGGGCUGAAGCGCAAUCGACGUCUGGACCGUCUACGCACUGCCCUCGCGCAUGUGCUGCAGCUAACCGCGCAGCACAUGGAAGCUCUAGACCAUCUCGACAACCCGAAAGUGGUCGCGAUCGUUCAUAAUUGGGUCAAAGAGACGUUCCACUUCCUCACUGACCGCGAGAUCCGACAAGAUUGGGAAUUUCACAGCCUGCGACGCUACUUUUGCGCUGUGACACAGCACUUCUUCGACGGACUUGCCAAGAGGGGCCAGGCUAAUGCGCACUUCCCCUUCGAAGUUCGUCUUCGCAUGUUCCGCAUCUUUCGCGAUUGGCACUCCUACAGCACCGUCAGCGAGGACGGCCGUAACAAGUUGGCCAAUCUACUCAGUGCGGCUGCUGAUCAGCAAAGAGACGACCGAGGCAAAGAACGUACCGUCAAAACGCUCAACUACGAGACCCAGGCGCUCUCACAUCAGGCAGGCUGCGCCAUGGCUUCCCUCUGUCAAGGAGCCAUUUCCGUGGUGGGUGGCCCUGCUCCUGCGCCGAUGGCUGGAUCGUCACUGGAGGCAAGCUCGCUGCUGCACUGGCUUACUAGCCUCUUCCAGACUAGCGACGAGAAGAACCAUGAUCUGGCGCGCAAAGCGCUGCGCUCGCUGCUUGUUUACAACGACCAAAACGCCGUUCUUGUCGACAAUGCCGUUGACCGUUGCAUUACAGAGUAUGAUCGUGCUGUCGGCAAGAAGAGCUUCUUUGUGACCACGGCGGAAGUUGUCAUCGAGAAGGAAGAUUUAUCGAUGCCACUCCACGCUAUCUUCUGUCUCGGAUUGGUCAAGCUGGGCCAUCCUGACUCCAGCAUCCGUCGAAAGUCGCUUGCUGUCCUUGACAAUUGUAGUCGCCGCUUCGACGAAAGCUGCAUGCUCGACGAGUUUGAGGUAGGCGUGUCAAGCCCUCUGCCAGCUAUCUAUCUGCGUGCGCAGCGCGACGUCAAUGCUCACCUGGCCAUGCACUUUGACGGUUUGAGGACCGCGAUGCUCAGCGAGUUCACCCGUCGACUACCGCUGGUGGACGCUUCGCGACGUGCAACCAUACUCGGGCUGUUACCUGAGUGGCUGCGCGGCCUCAUCUUGCACACUGCCGAUGUGCAUGUAGACGACUUCCCAGCACCACCUCCUGAGGUCGUCUUGUACAGAUCCUACCUCAACCUCUCCAACCUCUUCUGCCUCACCGUCAGGUAUGGCGAUGAGCACAACUUCGAGAUUCAAGAGAUAUGGAGCAGCCUUGUCGCUGCAUCCGAAGAUUUGCAAAGCGCUGAUGCGGUUGUCACGUUCCUAAUUGAUCAAGGCCUACACUUCCGAAGUGAGCAGGUGGUUAACCACUCGAAGCGCGUUGUGUCCUGUAUCUCACACACUCAGGCUGGCCCGCACAUUUUUGAGCAGCUGUGCUCUAUGAUCGAGCCAAGUCGCAUGAUUCAGGCGCCUCGACACGCUCCGGCUCCCAUGCCGGACCCUGACCAUCGUCAUCUGUACCGUGCCGAUCUGACCAAGCUGCUGCCGGAGCCAGAGUCAACCUUGGCAUUCUCGCCCGGCCAGCUUGCGCUCUUCUAUGUCGGCGAGAUGACGUACGAACGAAGAGAGCAACUCGACACAAGUCUACCAACGCUUCUGCACGCCAUCUUCUUGCAUAUCGAUAGCCGGUCUGCUUUCGUGCGAUCCCAGGUCGUAGAGCUAUUCGAGCAGUUGAUGCGCUGCGUCAUCUCGAUUGGUGGCAGUGCGACGACGCAUGGCAGCAUUUCGGGUUCAUCCUUCCUUGCUGUGGAUCCGGAGCGUACCACAGCAGCGAAGGCUCAAAUUGAACGACUCUUUGCACGCCGGACAUUCGCCAAUUGGUCAUCAGAGACCGGCGACGAGGACAACGAUAGCCAAGCCAGGAUGCCAAAGAAUCUGCUCAGCACAGCAUACGAUACUCUCGCUCUCAUUGAGCCUUUCUUCGCCUCCUUCCGUGAAGAUUGGGGCUCUGUGGCCUUGACAUGGGCUGCCUCGAACCCAAUCCGACACAUGGCCUGCAGAUCUUUCCAAGUAUUCCGUUCUCUGGAGCCGCCUGUGACGCCGAGCAUGAUGGUAACCAUUCUCGGCAGACUUGCGGACACAGUGUCGGACCACAAGCCGGAGGUGCAUCGCUUCACGCUCGAGGUGCUCUACGCGCUCAAUCUGGUUGUCAAGCAAUGUGAGACCUUCAAUCCCGAGUACUUGGCGCAGACGUGGUGGGCUACAUUGGCGUGCUUGUCCACAGUAAACGAAGCCGAAUUUGCAGAAUCAGCCUCGAUCCUCGAGAGUUUGGUAGACAGGCUUGACAUCGGCUCGCCAGACGUGAUCGCCUUUUUGGUGCAAAAGUGCCCGGAGGGAUGGGAGGGCGACGUGGGCAUCUUGCGCAUCUUGGUAUCGCGUGGGCUCCGUUCAUCAGAUACUUCGAUGCCAACCUUCCGGCUGAUGGCCAAGCUGGCCAAGUGCAGAGAUCCAGCAUUGAUCGAUUUCGACGACAAGUGCCGUCUUGGCUACUUGUUCGUGGCUGCAUUGCCCUGGUUCCUGCAAGUGACGGAGGAAAGCUUAAAGGCAGCAGGUGGGUCUGUGACAAGCAAGAACGAUCCACGCGUAGCCACUAUGUGCUCGAGCGCUGCUAAGAAGGCUGGUGCAGACGUAGGAAUUAGCUUUAAGAUAGAUCCUGGCAGUACGGUUCUAUCAGCCGUCGAGACGCAGAUGGUCUCAGAGAUGGCGGCGGAUCUCGCUGCGACUGCCUCGCACCUAGAGAUGCGCGACUUGGAGCGCGUUGCCACCUCAAUCGCCCGGUCGCGUUUUCGUACUAAGGAUGAUCUGGUGAGACAAGCGGUCAAUUGCAUUCGCUCGCACUUCUUGCCUGAUCAUGGUCCCGAGAUGGCCGUUCUUCUGCUCGGCGUGGUACUGAAUCGGCAGGAGUGGAUGCGAAGACAGGCAAUGCAAGUGCUCAAGAUGUUCUUCCAGGCGUUGGAUACCCGCAACCACGCCGCUUUCAGCAAUCUGGGCUCGGAGCUGCUAAUGCCAUUAUUGCGCCAGCUGUCCACGCCGCUAUCGGCUCAAGCCUUGGAAGUUCUUGAUGAACCGAUUGUUGUGCAUGGUGGGCCUGCAGCAAAUCAGAUCCUGCGAAUGAGUCUGCAGUGGGGCAACAUGGCUCUGAAUGGACAAACACGCGACUUCGUUCACGACGCUUCUAUCUUUGGUCCCCCACAGGAAAGCGGAUGGGCCGUGGCAGAUCCGCAAGACAUGGCCACCCGCACGCGCAUCAAUUUGCAGGCUUUGGUGAAGAUGUGCGAACGCACGCUUGACAUCAUCCCGACGGGCAACAAUGUCAACUUUGUGGUCGACGACACGUACGAUGGGACUGCAGAAGGCGAUGGUGUCGGAUUCGCACUUGACGAGGCGCCCGGCGUCGGCGGGAUCAGAAUCGAAGAAGCACCGGCAUCCAGCUUGGGCGACAUCGUCAACCAGCUGCAUGAUCUUUCGUCGUUCUUUGGCGAUGAUCCGAUGUCGAAGGACCGUCAGGCGUCUGUCAUGUGGCGCGAAUCGCGCCUGGAUCGAUCCAACUCAAUACGUUUGGCGUCCGGACUUGGCCGUGCAUCCUCAAUCAGAUCGAAUGGGUUGAGGGCUGGGAGCAGUGCCGGCGGGGGUGGGUCACUUCGAGGGAUGCACUACAGCAGACAAGUAUCACCAAAUCCGACCGUGGUUCCGGAUCAUUCACCAGGCGCCUACCAGGAAAACAACGAAGCCAGGCCGACGUACCGCGAUGGAAUGUUGGGUUCGCGUGUCCAUCGAGAGGCGAGUUUCAGUAAAGGAAGCAGCGCCUCUGCCGCGGACGCUUCCGGGGUUUCGAUGGGACGCUCAGCCAGCACCAUGUCAAGUCGAAGUGAAGAACCAGGCUCGAACCGCUCCCGAGCUCAGAUUGCCAAGAUUCUAGCGCGCUCGACCACGCGCGACAGCCCAACACCGCUUGCGAGAACCGACAGCGGUGGAGGGUCGGUAGGCUACAUCAAGGAUCGAAGCGAUUCCGUCACCAGUCCGGUACGAGGCCCGGGCAUGCGCCAAAGAGAGGACAGCAAUUCCGAUUAUCGCGACCGCUCACACAGCAUGGAUCAGCUGUCUGAAACUGGGAGCUCGCAGGCCCAUUACCAUCAAUACCAGGCCUACCGCAAUCAGUAUAUCACCACGCGGCAGCACCAUCAGAGUCCACAGUCGUAUCACCAACAGAAGGCUUCUUCUUCAUCGGCUGCAUCGUCAUCGGCGGUGCCCGUUUCGCCUUCGCCGUAUUCAGCUGCCCCCCCGACGAAUCAGCGCUGGAAUGGCAAUGGAAAGCCUGCGACGCCGAGCGACACUCGAUCUCAUUCGAUGGCCAAAUCAGCUGUCUCGAAUCUGAAGCAUUCUGGUGACGGAUGA